AUGACCUCCGCACUGCCUUCACCCUGGUCAUGUCAGCCAUGUACAAGAAGGGAUCCCCCCUUGUAUGGUGACCCUGUGCACGUAGUUAGCAAGGUCGACGACGCCGCACUGUCCGAGAGCGUAGACCCCAAGGCCCUGUCCAUCAAGUACGGCGACGUGGCUUCGACGCGGCUCGACGUCGAGAGGCACGCCGCCAUCCGCCUGGGCACGCCGCACGAGCUGCGCACAACCAGCCGCGUCUCCCCCAUCAUCGGCCUCCUACACACAGUCGGGGUACUACGACCUGUGGGCGGCGGGGUCCCCAUGCACGCUACGUGUUUUCGCCCCGGGACGCAGGCCUCCCUGCACCGCAACCCUUUACACGUUUUUACAUCCGUCCAGCGGCCCGUCCUGUUGCGCGACCGUGCCGCGCGCACCCUAGCCAUGGACCUCCUGUCGCGGCGGCCCGCGCUUGGACAGAAUCGAGGGCCCCCAGCUACGCUCCUGUCCCAUCCUGCUGCCUCAGACGAGCUUCCCCUGGCCGUGGAAGAGGCCAUCAAGUUUCUGCCUUCCGGUGUCGUCGCUGCCCGCGCGCGGCUCGCACCGCACCCGGUUAGGCAAGAUCAAAGAGCGGGGCGCGGCCGUCACACCCGCCGGCAGGAACUGUACGACGAGCUGCUCGACGAGGUCAUGGUUACGACAAAUUACAGCCCCGACACGCUAAGUGCGCAGAAGAUGGACGCCACGAUGGCGGAGGGCGAAGAAUGGAAGCUCUUGGGUUCCGAUGGCAGUGGGAUGAUCCAUCUCGAGAAGCUCGUGGAAGACGGGAUGCUCGAGGCGUUGCCCAUCACCUAUGAGGACUUCCUGCCUCUCUCAGUGGCGGGCAUUCUCCAGUCUAACUUAGGCCAAUCGUCGGAGGACCAGGGGGUAGAGGUCACGCCGGAUGUUCACGGGAUGGAGGAGGCGCUGGGGACUAAGCUGGAUGACCCCGAUGAACAUAAGGACGCAGAGUGA